GAAAUUGUUUGUUAAAGUGAUUAAAUUUUUUCAAAAUUGUACAGCUAUAUGACCGAAAAUUACACUACGUAUGAGGUGGAAGAACCUUCCAAAUCAUUUUUAAGACCAGAUUCAUUGAUUGGUAACGUUGAUGGAUUAAUUAGAGGCUUAUCAGAAACUCCAGGACGCGAACCCCAACCAUCAUACAAUAACCUUAUUUCAAAUAUUCUUAUUGAAAGUCCAACAAUCAACACUACUGGAUUUGAUUUGUUAUCUUACGACGUACAACGUGGUCGUGAUGUUGGUCUCCCGCCCUACACUAAAAUAAGAAGUUUAUGUGGACUACCACAAGUAAAGUCAUUUGAUGAUUUAUCAGAUUAUAUACCAUUAAAAAAAAUUGACCAAUUAAAAGAUUUCUAUACAACGGUUGAUGAUAUUGAUUAUUACGUUGGGAUUUUAUUGGAAAAUAAAAUAACCGGAUCUAUGUUUGGCCCAACUGGAAGUUGUGUUAUUGCUGAUAGUUUUUACCGAUUUAGAAAUGGUGACCGUUUCUUUUACGACGUCAAAGAUCAACCUGGUAGCUUUACUUCAGGU